AUGUUGUCAUACUGUAAUCGUUAAUAAUAAAUUAAGAAGGAAGACUCAAUUUAUACUGCUUCUUCUCCUGAUGAAUAUGCUAUUAUUAAUUUUACGAAAUUUGUAGGAGUAGAGUUUAGAAAAUUAGACGAUAAUAAUAAUAUUAUAAUUCAAUAUAAAAAUAAAAAGAUUAUUCUUUAACUUCUUCAUGUUUUUGAAUUCGAUUCUAACAGAAAAAGUAAUAAAAAAAAUUAUUUUAUUUUUCCUUAAAAACUUAAUAAAAAUUAGUACUUUCUUUAUUGUAAAGGAGCAGAUUCGGAAAUUAUAAAUAGAAGAAGUUAAGAGACUGAUUAAUAAAUGUUAUAAAAUUUAAAUCAAAAACUUUCCUAAUUCGGUGCUUAAGGCUUACGUACAUUAAUGUUAGCCGAAAAGGAAAUAGACGAAUAAUAUUAUUUUAAUUGGUUAAAGAAAUAUAACUAAGCUUAAAAUUUCUUAUUUGAUAAAGAUACAGAUUUAGAUUAAUUAUAAAGCGAGAUGGAAAAGGAUUUGAAAAUUUUAGGUGCAACAGCGAUUGAAGAUAAACUUUAAAAUGAAGUUCCUCAAACAAUUGAGGCUUUGAAAAAUUCUGGAAUAUAAAUUUGGGUACUUACAGGUGAUAAGAUUGAAACUGCAAUUAGUAUUGCUCAUUCAUGUAAGUUAUUAGAUGAUAGUUUAGAGAAAAUAAUUAUUACAGUAGAUACUGAAAAGAAAAUUGGUAACAAUGCUAAGAGAAAACGUAAUUUAUAUAUAAUGCUAAUAUUUCUAUAAGUUUAUUAUUUAAAUACUAAAAUCUACAACAAAAAUUAUAAAAAAAAUAUUAUAUUUAAAAAAAAUAAUAACACAUAUUUAUAUAUAUAUAUCUUUUAAUUCUAGAAUAAGUAAGCUAUUACUUUAGCUAUCGGAGAUGGAGCAAAUGAUGUUAAUAUGAUAAUUGCAGCUCAUGUAGGAGUCGGUAUUUAAGGAAUGGAAGGUUAAUAAGCAGCUAGAGCAAGUGACUAUUCAAUAUCUUAAUUUAAAGAUUUACAAAGACUUUUAUUUUAUCACGGAAGGGAAUGUUAUAGGAAAAACACAUAAUUAGUUUGUUAUAAUUUUUUUAAAAACAUUUUACUUGUUAUGCCUUAAUUUUGGUAUGGAUGGACAAGUUUGUUUAGUGGAUAAACUUUAUAUAAUUCAUUUAUUUAUUAACUUUUUAAUAUAUUUUUUUCUUCAGUUCCUAUUAUGGUUUUUGCUGUUUGGGAUUAUGAAUAUGAAGAUUAUGUUUUAUAAUAAAAUAAAAGAAAAAAUUAUUAUUUACAAGGAAUUAAAAAUUAACUUUUUAAUCCAAAAGUUUUUUGGAUUUGGUUUGUUUCUGCGUGUGUUUAAGGCGGUAUAAUUUUUGUUAUUUCUUUUUUUUCAAUGGAAAGCAAUUUCAUUGAUUAAGAAAAUGGAUAUUAAUAAUGGUUUUGGGCUAGUGGUACUAUGGUUUUUGGAUUAGUAGUGGUAAUUUCAAAUUUAAAAGUAUUAAUAAUUUCUAAUAAUCACUCUAUUGGAUCUAUAUUUUUUAAUAUUUUCUCAUUAUUAGCUUAUUUGGCUACUUGGGGAAUCGCAACUAAUAUGGAAACUACAGAAUAAACUUAAAUUACAGAUUUAUAUAAUACAUUAUAAUAGUAAAAAUAAUAAUAUAUUUUAUACUUUUAAUCUUUCGAUAUUAAAUAAAAAAGAAUGUUUAAAACUUUAAAUUUUCAUUUAGGAAAUAUUCUUGCAAUUACAGUAACUUCAUUUUUUGAUUGGGCUAUUUCUUUAUAUACAAGUAUUAGUUUUUUUAUAUAUAUAAAUAAAUCAUCUAAUUUAAAAUAAAAGAAUGGUCAUAUGAUGAAAUAUAAAUAAAUUAAUAAUAAAAAAGUUUAAAAUAAUCAUUUAAGACUUAAUCAGGACUUUGCUAAACUUACAAAAUUUCAAUUGGAAAUUAAAAAGGAUAAUAAGAGUUUUAAACUUGUUAUUUAAAAACUAAUACUGGUUAUGCGUUUAACCAAAUUGAUAAAUAUAAAUAAAUUACUUAGGAAGAUUAAAAAAUGUGUUGAAUAUUAAUUUAAAGAAUAUAUAGAAAUAAAUAUAUUAUUAAUAUUUUUCGAUAGUUUUUUUUUGUUUUAGUAAAAAAUUAAAUGGAUAAUUUUAUAUUAAUUAUAUAAAUAUAAAUUUACAAUUUUAAUCCAUUAUUUUAUUUUUUUUUGGGGAAAAACAAAAAAAUAUAUUUAAAAAAAGAAAUUAAAAAAUAAAUAAAAUGACCAUCUAAUUAGAAUAAAAUUAAUAAAUAGAAAUUAUAUCUACAUUAUAAGAUAGAUAAUAAAUCAUAAAUCCAACAAAACUCCCAUAAGUAACUAUUUCUAUAAAUACUACAUUCGAAAAUUCACUAAAAAAUGA